UUUUAUUAACUUAUAUAAUAUUAGAGUGUCAGAGAGAACGUGAUAUGUAGCAGUUGAUAACUCGAUAACAAUGGCAAGUGAGUUGAUAUCUGUGCCCUACGCCCUAUCGACCACACAAAGAGUAGUAGUAGCAAAACAUAGGAACCACUUUGGACGCAAAACAGUUACUCAUGCCACUGCAAAAAUUCAUGUCAUCUGUGGUUAUUCCACCAAAGAGGAGGAUGCCCAGUUAAUUGGGAGGCGUUCAGCUAAUUACCAGCCCAAUCUAUGGACUUAUGAAUUUCUUCAUCAGUCUCACCACAAUCAUCACGUGGUUGAUAAAGUUGAAAAGAGAGCAAGAAAGUUAGAAGAGAAGGUGCGAUACAUGAUGAUGAAUAGUUCAGACAUGGAGCCACUGAACUUGCUUGAAUUCAUUGACGAUCUCUACCGGUUGGGCCUCUCUUACAAGUUCCAAAACCACAUCAACUCUGCUCUUUCCCGCAUUCAUUCUUCACAAUAUAUGCACCUUCACACACACAAAACUCUACAUGCUACUGCUAUCCUCUUCAGAAUUCUUAGACAACAUGCUUUUCACGUCUCUCAAGAUGUAUUUGAGAGUUUCACGGAUGAUGAGAAAAACUUUAAGCCUGAAAUUGGCAAUGAUGUGCAAGGAAUGUUAAGUUUGUACGAGGCAUCACACCUUAGCUUUGAGGGAGAAAAUUUAUGUGAGAAGGCAAAGACAUUUUCAGCAACAAGUUUGAUGAACAUAAUAUCAAAAGAUGAGACAGAGAAUAAAGUAAAAGAAAGCACUAGGAGUGUGUUGGAGGGUCUUCCGUACCACCAUAGUCCUUACAGAGUAGAGGCACGACGCUAUAUUGACACAUACCAUAAAAAGGAACCACAUAAUCAGUUGCUAUUAGAGCUUGCCAAGCUUGAUUUCAACAUGGUUCAGUCAUUAUAUCAACAAGAGCUUCAACAAAUGACAAGGUGGUGGAGGGACAUGGGGCUGGCUAGCAAGCUGAGCUUUGCCCGGGAUAGGUUAAUGGAAUCUUUCUUUUGGUCAUUGGGAAUAGUCUCACAUCCAAAUUUGUUUUAUUGUCGCAAAGAACUUACUAAAGUGGCAGCUUUAAUCACCGUCCUUGAUGAUGUUUAUGAUGUUUAUGGUACUUUGGAUGAACUGGAGCACUUCACGGAUGCUGUUGAGAGAUGGGAUGUAAAUGCUAUUAAUAAUCUUCCAGACUACAUGAUAUUGUGCUUCCUAGCGCUUUACAACACUAUCAAUGAAAUGGCUUUUGAUAUCUUCAAAGAUUAUGCAGUCAAGUGUCUUCCCUAUCUCAAAAAAGCUUGGUGUGAUUUGUGCAAAUCGUUUCUGCAAGAAGCAAAAUGGUCCAACAACAAAGUUGUACCAAGAUUGAAGGAGUACUUAGAAAAUGGUUCAGUCUCAUGCUCAGGCGGGGUUUUUCUUACUCACUCCUUCUUCUUACUCAAUCAAGAAAUAACAGAGCCAGCAGUUCAUUCGUUAACUAACUACCACGAUCUCUUGCGCUCUUCAUCCACCGUUUUCAGGAUUAGCAACGAUUUGGCCACCUCAACGGAUGAGAUGGAGUGCGGUGAAACCGCGAAUUCAAUGACGUGCUACAUGAAUGAAACGGGUGACUCCGAAGAGGACGCACGAAGGUACUUGAGAAGUGUGAUUGAUGAAGCAUGGAAGAAUAUGAACAGAUGCCUAGUGAUGGAUUCUACAUUCGACAAAUCCUUCAUAGAAGUAGCCAUGAACCUUGCCCGUAUUGCCCAAUUCACAUACCAACAUGGAGAUGGACAUGGACGACCAGACAACAGAUCAAAGACCAGAAUAAAGUCCUUGCUUGUUGAUCCAAUUCCUGUGAAUGUGCCAACAUGAAAUAGAAGAGUGUUAGAGUUUGCAGAUUUUGUAAUUUGUAAUCAUUAAUUAGUUAUUAUUAAUAUUUUUAAUGGUGUGAGAUUAUAUUUAAUUGUGUAAAAUUAUUCACUUUUUUUUUGUUGGUUAA